AUGGGGUCUGAACGUGAGGCAUCGAGCAUGUUGCUAACUUGUCGGAAUACAGACUUCAAGACAAAGUGCAGCUUCGCGAUCGAGCUCCGCGAUAACAUCGAGUUGUGGUGUCAGCCAGCAACGUACGGCGUCUUCCUCGAGAAGUUCGUACCCAUCUUCCUGAAGCUGCUCGAUGGCCCGCCAGUCUUCCUCAGUACCUCCCCCGAACAGCGACUUCGCAACUGCGUCCUCGAAAUACUGCACCGCUUACCUAUGACCCCACCCGAGCCGUCGGAGCCUUACGCCGCGCAGAUUGUGGAUAAGCUUAUGGAGCUGGUCAAGACUGAGAACGAGGACAAUGCGGUACUCUGCAUGAAGACUAUCAUGGACUUUCAGCGACACCACACCAAAGCUCUGGCGGACCGGGUUCAGCCUUUCCUCAGCCUGAUCCAGGAGAUGUUCGAGAUGAUGGAGCAGGCAGUCAAAGAUACCUUCGAUAAUCCCACGCAGCAGCAUGCAUCGCAGGCAGUGCCCUCCACACCCAGCGGCGCUCAGUACUCGCAGUCACCACGGCCGGGCUCUCCGGUAGCCUCAGUGUCCGACGCUGGCAGUGAGGGGCAGGCCAGGAUGCUACUCAAGGGGAUGCAGUCCUUCAAGGUCCUCGCGGAGUGUCCGAUCAUCGUGGUGUCAAUCUUCCAAGCCUACCGGCGCGCCGUACCUGAGAAUGUUAAGAAAUUUGUACCCUUGAUUAAGCAGGUCCUCAUGCUGCAAGCCAAGCCACAGCAGAAAGCGCACGAGGAAGCAGCGGCGCAAGGCAAGGUGUUCACGGGUGUCGCGAAAGAAAUCAAGAAUCGCGCAGCCUUUGGAGAGUUCAUCACAGCUCAAGUCAAAACGAUGAGCUUCCUGGCUUAUCUCUUGCGAGUCUAUUCGCAGCAGCUAAACGAUUUUCUGCCCAGCAUGCCAGGCAUAGUGGUACGGCUGCUCAAGGAUUGUCCGAGAGAGAAGUCUGGUGCUCGGAAGGAGCUGCUUGUCGCAAUUCGCCAUAUCAUCAACUUCAACUUUCGCAAGAUCUUCCUCCCUAAGAUCGAUGAGCUCUUGGACGAGAGAACGUUGAUAGGGGACGGGCUUACAGUGUAUGAGUCGAUGAGGCCCCUGGCGUACAGUAUGCUUGCGGAUUUGAUCCAUCAUCUACGAGAUCAGCUCUCGAAGGAGCAGAUACGUAAGACCAUCGAGGUCUACACUAGAAAUUUGCACGAUAACUAUCCCGGCACAAGCUUCCAAACCAUGAGCGCUAAGCUACUGAUGAACAUGGCUGAGUGUAUUGCCGCGCUGGAACCGAAGCAAGAUGCUCGCUAUUUUCUCGUCAUGAUCCUCAACGCCAUCGGCGAGAAAUUUGCGUCAAUGAACCGACAGUUCCACAACGCGGUCAAGCUGUCUGCAACUUAUUCGCAGCCCUCCAUCGAAGCUACGCCAGAGAACUUCUUGGCGGACAAAGACAAUCCCCCUGACUGGGACGAGAUAGACAUAUUUAGCGCUACUCCAAUCAAGACACAGAACCCGCGCGAGCGGAAUUCGGAUCCGAUUGCGGAUAACAAGUUUUUGUUCAGGAAUCUGCUUCACGGCCUCAAAAAUCUGUUUUACCGACUCAGGGAUUGUAAUCCUCCGCAUAUCAAAGAGGAAAUCGAUGCUGCUGUUGCGCCGCCAAACUGGCACGAGGUCUCGUUUGGAUACAAUGCUGAAGAGGUGGAAGUCCUCAUCACGUUGUUUCGAGAAGGCGCGCAGGUUUUUCGAUAUUACGGCCUCGACAAGCCACUGGCUGAAACCCAGCAAUUGUCACAAAGCGAGCUUCUUGCGAAUCAGCACAUGAUGUCGAGCGGCAAGGAGGAGAAGGACCUGCUCGAAACGUUUGCUACCGUGUUCCAUCACAUUGAUCCGGCAACCUUCCACGAGGUCUUCCAGUCGCAAAUACCGAACCUAUAUGAGAUGAUGUUCGACCACCCGGCGCUGCUGCACGUUCCGCAGUUCCUUCUUGCUAGUGAGGCGACGUCGCCGAGCUUCGCAGGAAUGCUUCUGCAGUUCCUCAUGGGGAAGAUGGACGAGGUAGGAUCGGCGGAUGAAAAGAAGUCAUCGAUCCUACUUCGUCUGUUCAAACUCUCGUUCAUGGCUGUCACUCUCUUCUCCACACAAAACGAGCAGGUGCUGUUGCCACACGUUACGAAGAUUGUGACACAGUCCAUCCAACUUGCCACAACAGCAGAAGAACCCUCAAACUACUUCCUGUUGUUGAGGUCACUCUUCAGGAGCAUCGGUGGCGGACGGUUCGAGCAUUUGUACAAAGAGAUCCUGCCCCUGCUUGAGAUGCUGCUAGAAGUUCUCAACAACCUGCUUUUGUCGGCCCGCAAACCAUUAGACCGAGAUCUGUUCGUCGAAUUGAUCCUUACCGUUCCGGCCCGUCUGAGCAACCUACUUCCUCAUCUGAGCUACUUGAUGAGACCGCUCGUAGUCGCGCUCCGAGCGGGAUCUGAUCUCGUGGGACAGGGACUGCGCACAUUGGAACUUUGUGUGGACAAUCUGACUGCCGACUAUCUGGAUCCGAUCAUGGCGCCUGUCAUCGAUGAGCUGAUGGCCGCUUUGUGGGAGCACCUGAAGCCAAGCCCAUACAGCCACUUCCACUCCCACACGACCAUGCGUAUUCUCGGCAAGCUCGGAGGCAGAAAUCGCAAAUUUCUGGACGGACCACCUGAGCUCAACUUCAAGCCAUACACAGAUGAUGACCCUAGUGUGGACCUGCGACUCCUUGGUUCUUCGAAAGAUCGUGCAUUCCCUGCGCACAUCGGUAUCGAUGUCGCUAUCUCAAAGCUCUCAGAAAUCUCUAAGCCGCCUGCGAAGAAGAACGACAUAUUUCAUAAGCACCAAGCUUUGAAUUUAAUCACUGCGCACACGAAGCUGCUCGUUGGCUUCGAUAGUUUGCCGGACGACUUUGCCCAAUUAGUCCGUCUCCAAGCGCAAGAUUUGAUAGACAAGAAGGUAGACGCAGCUGUGGAUAUCUUCGUUGUGCAAGAUCGCGCAUCGUCCAUUCCCAAGAAAGAUUCGCAAGAAGAGACGCUGAAGAAGCUCUUGAAGGCGCUCGUAUUGGGGAUGUCGAUUCCGGAGCUCAAAGCUGAAGCGUCUAGCUUCAUGAGUGACAUCUGCCGCCAUUUUGUUCUCUUGGAGAUUGGCCGCGCUCUAACCGAGCUGCGACAUACCCUGAAACCGCCUCCUUUCAACAUUAAAUCGGGCGAGGGGCCCCUCUUUGUUGACUACAGGGUCGUCACACAUGCUAUUGCGGAUUCUCUGUCUUCCGACGAAGUCGCCAUAAGGGAGGCUGCAGAGGAAGUCAUCAUAUCUAUCCACAAGGUCGCGGCUCUUAUUCUUGGCUCAGCGGACAAUGUGGAGAACCUACCUCUUUUUGAGCAUCUCUACAAAGCCUUUACCCAUAACUGCUAUGUGGAAGAGUGGUUCAUGAAGUCUGGCGGCACCUUGGGCAUCGAAGUCAUGAUUAGCAAGCUGAACUUUAGCGACGCGUGGUUAAUCGAAAAGCAGCUUGUCCUCGCCCGAUCGCUAAUGUAUGUCAUCAAGGACACGCCUCAGAACCUUACAGCGAGGACACGACAGCAUGCUCAGGACAUUCUGGAAACACUACUGCGGCGGUGCAAUAAGUCGGCUUCCCGGGAUGACCUCCAUAACGAUAAGAGCAAGCUGUUCCAGCUAUGUGCCUUUCUUGCAGCUGAGUUAUCCCACAUGAACAGGCACGUCCGAAUUGCCGCACAGAAGGCCUUCGACAUCAUCUCUCAAGAAACUGGUAUCGAGGUUCAUGAGCUGAUCUCCCCUGUCAAAGAGCGACUUCUUGGUCCAAUCUUCAACAAGCCUUUGCGUGCUCUGCCGUUCGCGGCGCAGAUUGGCUACAUCGACGCGAUUACUUACUGCCUCAAAAUCCGACACAACAUAGUUGAGUUCAACGAGCAACUUACCCGCCUGGUGAUGGAGGCACUUGCUCUUGCGGAUGCGGAAGACGAAGGACUGAUCCCGAAGCCACUAGAACAGCGCAACGCUGAAGGUAUCAUUAAUCUCCGUAUUGCCUGCAUCAGGCUGCUGUCAACGGCCCAGAGUUUUCCCGAUUUUGUUAGCGCUCCUGGCGGCAUCAAUACCUGGCACCGGAUCAUUCAGGUGUUCUUCAAAGCUCUCUAUUCGAAAUCGCUCGAGGUCAUAGAGGCUGCACAUGACGGCCUGCGUGGCAUACUCAGCGCGCAGAGCAAGCUUCCCAAGGACAUUCUUCAGCAGGGUCUUCGCCCGAUCCUAGUUGACCUACAGGAUCCGAGGAAACUCAGGGUUGAGGGACUAGACGGUCUCGCUCGCCUCCUUAAGCUCCUUACAAAUUACUUCAAGGUCGAAAUCGGCGCCAGGUUACUGGAACACAUGAAACAGCUUGCAGAUCCAGCAAUUCUGCAAAAGGUGUCAUUCACAUUGGUGGAGCAGAACAAGCAGAUGAGAGUGAUCACGGCUAUCUUCAACAUCUUCCACCUACUCCCGGCAGCUGCUGUGUCGUUCAUGAAACCGUUGGUUACAAGGGUGAUGGAGUUGGAGACGGCACUUCGAAGAACACACUAUAGUCCUUUCCGAGAACCGCUCAUCAAGUUCCUCAACCAGUACCCCGACAAAGCUUGGGAGUAUUUCGCUCCUCAGCUUAAGGAUAUUAACACUGGUCGCUUCUUCGCACAGCUCCUAGCUAACCCGGCGAGCACCCGCCUUCGAGAGGCCUUCACAAAGGAUGCACAAGGCUUCCUUGACGCGUUCGCAACCGAAGACGAGGACGAGCGAUGGCCCGCUGUGAUCAAUGCCGUCCACGCUGCCCACUCCGUUUCCAAGCAUGAUGCGCAUAAAGCGUGGCUGGUGUCUAAUGAGAACGUACGAGUAGCUCUCUUCAACGCAAGCAAGGCCCUUGAGACGAAGCUACGGCAGAAUACACUCGAGUCAAGUCUGCGCCUAGCCGCGGAACAAGCUGGGGAUCAGGCCACAGAAGUGUUCGCUUGUUACUUCGAGCAAGCACCGCAGGACCUCGAUUUCUUCUUCGAGGUCGUGGAAGCUGUUACAGCGGAAGAGUUGAAGACGUGCCCUGCUCUUUUCGAUUUCAUUUACAACCACAUGAUUUCGAAUGCAUCUGUCGACUAUCAGCGGACGCUGGUUGUUCGGUGCCUGGACCUCUACACUGCACGCAGUCCUUCGCAGAGAACGAAAACCUUCGUGUUUCAUUACAUCGUCAAUCCAAUUCUGGCUAUGGACGUUAUGCGUAACUGGGAUCAAGUCAUCGAGAAUGCAAAGGGUACCAAGCUCGUGGACCGGAGCUUGAUUCAGGUCAUCACAGAUAAGCUCUGGCUACCCCAGUCUAUCAGCGACAUAUCAGAAGGAGCCGACCAGCUGGGCGUAGAUCACUCAAGGAUGGAACUUCUGCAGCUGACCACGCUGCUCAUGAAGUAUCACCACAAUCUGAUCCAGGACAAGCGGAAGGAUAUUAUCAAGACAGGCUGGAAUUUCAUCAAGCUCGAAGACGUCAUCAACAAGCACGCCGCCUAUGUGUCGCUUGCGUACUUCAUGGCCCACUACGAGACCCCUCCAAAGAUCGCGAGGCCAGUAUACCAACAGCUUUUGAAGGCGCACCAGGGCGAGUGUAGGGCUUUGGUAAUGCAGGCCCUCGAGCUGCUUGCACCGGUCUUGCAGAAGCGGAUCGGUGGCGCCGAUGCGAAGCUCCCGAUCUGGGCACAGAUACCGAGAAAGAUCCUCACUGAGGAGAGCUCAAACCUGCAGCAGCUGACAAGCAUCUUCAACUUCAUUGUACGCCAUCCGGAUCUGUUCUACGAAGCUCGAGAACCUUUUGCCCAGAUCAUCAUACCGUCCCUCAGCAAGAUUGCCGCGCCUCCGAGUCAAUCUAUCGACGGCAAGAAGACCGCUAUCAAUCUCAUCAGCCUGAUAUGGCAGUGGGAACACCGGACGUACCUAGAGGCCACAUCUGCCGAGCGCAUGUCCGUUUCGCCUCAGGCGGCAAAGCGCCGGGCUGACGGCACGGUUGGUGCGCCAGCUCCUACCACCACUCCACGAGCAUUUGUGGCCCCUGGACCUAUGCGGCUGGCCCUCAUAAGCUACCUAGUCAAGUUCAUCAUUACCCUUCCUGAGCGUUACCCGACAGCCUCACUAAAACUCAAAGAGACAACCCUAGGGCAGCCAGUACAACCGGGGCAGUCCACUGAAGCAUGUAGAAAGACACUUCAGCUGCUGCAUGACCUACUCUCGGGACCCUACUGGAGUGAUCUCGACGUUGACCCGCUGCUGCAAAGGACCGAGCAAGUUCUUACCGCCGAGCCGAAAGCGGAUGAGAAGCAGGAAGUUGCUAUGACUAGGCUUAUCAAUACUCUCCAGGUGGUCAAGGUCAUUCUCAAUGUCCGGCCCAACGACUGGAUCCUGGUGCGUGUUGGCAAGCUACAGCACCUCUUGGAAAAGCCGCUUCGCAACGAGAACCCGGAGGUGCAGGACUGCCUGCACAGCGUGGAGACCGAUGAGACUGGGAAUGUUACGCUGCAGCCACUCGUCAAGCGGAUAGUGGACUCUUUGCCGGAAAGCCCACCGGAGGAGGAGGCGUCCACUGAAGAAUCGACGCCCUCGGACUUUGUUACGUUCGCCAAUACUGUUGUCGCGGAAGGGCUGUCAAAUGGAAACUAUGUUUCGGCAAUCAAUCUCCUGGGGUCACUCUGUGAACGUAGACAUGCGGAGCUGGACCAACACAUCCAGCCGGUGAUGAAAGUCCUGCAGUCCAAGUUGACAAAGGAUCAUCUUCUCUUCUACAGCGGCAUACCGACGCAACCGGGUAUGCCUCCUACGCAGAGACCGGAAGGUUCGCCGGAUCCCUACGAGCACGAAAUCCAAACCGGCUUGAUUCUAAAGCUGUGCGAUAUGCUUGCUGCUCGCAUCAGCCAACUGAACGACCAGCGCCGACCGUUUCUGAGUGUUUUAGCUCAACUCGUAGAACGAUCCCACCACAAUGGCAUUUGCACCAAGGUUUUGGAUCUGAUAGAGUAUUGGGUUUUCAAGUCAACUGAGCCAGUGCCCACGCUGAAAGAGAAGACAGCCGUGCUUGGCAAGAUGCUUGUCUUUGAGAGUCGAGCGGACACCACACACCUGAACAGAUUCCUUGACCUGAUCAUCCGGAUCUACGAGGAUCAGAGGAUCACAAGAACCGAAUUGACGGUUCGCAUGGAGCACGCUUUCUUAAUCGGCACACGCGCGCAAGAUGUUGAUAUGCGCAACCGCUUUAUGUCCAUCUUCGACAAGAGCUUGAGCAAGUCCGCGGCUAGCCGUCUCAACUAUGUUAUGACGUCGCAGAACUGGGACCAGCUCCAUGAGAACUUCUGGCUGAGCCAGGUCAUUCAGCUCAUGUUCGGCACCCUCGACAUGAACACUACUGCGCAGCUACAUCACGAAGAUUUCAAGGUCCUACCAGCGUCCUUGCUUUUUAGCCCUUACGCCAAAGAUCCCCGUAUUGGCGAUCUAAUGAUUGACGACAAAUACGAGUCAUUGGUGUCUGCGCACAAAGCGUUCUGCAAACAACUGAGCGAAGUCAGGACGAGGGACAUUCUUGAGCCCCUGACCUACCUGCAGCAUACUAGCGCUGAUCUGGCACACGACAUCUGGAUUGCGUUCUUCCCGCUGUGCUGGUCUGCCCUGUCGCGAGACGAUCAGGUGGACUUGGAAAAGGGAAUGGUCUCCAUGCUCACCCGGGACUACCAUAUCCGCCAGAUCGACAGAAGGCCGAACUGCGUCCAAACUAUCAUCGAGGCUGCUGUGCGCACGAAACCCCGCUUCAAGUUCCCUCCUCAUGUCUUGAAGUACCUGGCCCGGACGUUCAAUGCCUGGUACACAGCGGCUCAUUAUUUAGAGCAGUCCGCUAUCAGCCCGAUCAUGGACACUCCUCAGGUCAGAGAAAGCAAUCUCGACGCUCUAUUGGAGAUAUACUCAAGCUUGCAAGAAGACGACCUCUUCUAUGGGACCUGGCGCAGGCGCUGCCAAUACAUCGAGACGAACGCAGCUCUAUCGUACGAGCAGAACGGCAUGUGGGAUCAAGCCCAGAAGGCGUACGAGCAGGCUCAGAUCAAAGCGCGCACCGGAGCGUUGCCGUUCUCGCAAGGCGAGUAUAUGCUUUGGGAGGAUCACUGGGUUGUGUGUGCGCAGAAACUGCAGCAAUGGGAGAUUCUCAGCGACUUCGCCAAGCACGAGAACUUCAACGACCUUUAUCUCGAGUCUACCUGGCGCAACUUCGACGCGUGGAGCAAUGCUGAGCAGCGCGAGCAGCUGGACCAAAUCAUCAAGGCUGUCGCGGACGCUCCGACACCCCGCCGCGCAUUCUUCCAGUCUUUCAUGGCACUCCUCAAAGUGCAUAGUGGCACCGAGACUCCUCUAGACUUUAACCGCAUCGUCGACGAGGCUGUUCAGUUGUCGAUUCGAAAGUGGCAUCAGCUGCCCAAGCGCAUCACGAACGCUCACAUCCCGCUGUUACAGAACUUUCAGCAGCUUAUCGAGCUGCAUGACGCAAGCGCCAUCUGCACCAGUCUAGCACAAACCAACCAAACCAACCUGGACACAAGGUCACAGGAGCUCAAGCUCCUGCUGAGCACGUGGCGCGAUCGCCUGCCAAACUUCUGGGAUGACAUUAAUGCUUGGCAGGAGCUGGUUACGUGGAGGCAGCACAUCUUCCAUCUGAUCAAUGCCAAGUAUCUGCAUCUCAUUCAGCCGCAGCAGGGCAACGCAGCAGGCAACUCCUAUGCCUACCGAGGAUACCACGAGACAGCUUGGAUCAUCAAUCGAUUCGCGCACGUCGCUCGAAAGCACAAGCUCCCCGAUGUCUGCAUCAGCCAGCUCAGCCGCAUCUAUACUUUGCCCAACAUCGAGAUCCAGGAGGCUUUCUUGAAACUCCGCGAGCAAGCGAAAUGCCACUAUCAGAAUCCGAACGAGCUCAACAAUGGCCUGGAUGUCAUCAAUAACACGAACCUCAACUACUUUGGUCAGCAGCAGAAGGCGGAGUUUUACACGCUCAAGGGCAUGUUCCUUGCCAAGCUUGGCCAGAAGGAGGAGGCAAAUGAUGCUUUCGGCAGCGCAUUGUAUAUAGACAUCAAGGUUGCCAAAGCUUGGGCUGAAUGGGGACGCUAUAACGACGGACUGUUCAAGGAAGACCCUACCAACCUGGAGAAAGCGGCAUCGGCAAUCAGCUGCUACCUUGAAGCUGCUAGUCAGUACAAGAACGCCAAGUCGCGGAAGCUGCUUGGGCGGAUCUUAUGGCUGCUGAGCCUUGACAACGCCGACCGAUUACUGGCCAAGACCUUCGACCAGUUCAAGGGAGAUACACCGAUAUGGUACUGGAUCACGUACAUCCCGCAACUGCUGCUGAGUCUCUCACGCCCGGAAGCACCGAUUGCUCGCCACAUCUUAUCCAAGCUUGCAAAAGCGUAUCCGCAAGCCCUUUACUUCCAACUUCGAACCAGCCGCGAAGACCAGAUGGCGAUCAAGAGGCAAGCAGAUCAGAAGGACGCGAGAGACAAGGCGGCACGUGCCAAGCAAGGGCAACCGGACGGCUCUCCAAAUGGUACGCAAGACUCUGCAGGCAAUCCGAGCACUACACCGAAAGUGGAGCCGAACGGGCAGCCAGCUGCAAACGGCGACAGCGGGGAGCCUCCUGUGCCCAAGAAACCCUGGGAGUAUUUCGAGGAGCUCAACGCUGCUCUCAAAACUGCGUUCCCGCUUCUGGCGCUGUCGAUGGAGACAAUGGUCGACCAGAUCCAGAAGCAAUCGGCACGUAGCCCCGAUGAAGAUACGUACCGACUGAUCGUCCUCUUGUUUGGGGAUGCAGUGAAUGCGACUUCGCGGUCGCCCGCGGCGUACGGCACCGACGCCAGGCUACCACCGCCCACGCAAGCCCACCUUGUUCGAUUCUCUGACUCACAGGUGCCUGUUCCUUUCCGUGAAGCGUUCAAGGCCGACUUCAUUGCAGCCAAGCCGAUGAUGGUGGAGUAUAUCACCAAACUUCGUAGAUGGCGCGCUCGUCUUGAAGAGAGGCUUGAUCAUAGGAAAAAGCAACAGCACCUCGAGACCACGAACUCCCACUUGACGGACUUCAGGUUCAGUAAGUUCGACGACGUCGAGGUUCCGGGACAGUACCUGCACCAUCGUGACAAGAACCAAGAUUUCGUCCGAAUCGAGCGAUUCGUGCCUGAUGUCGAAUUUGAUCGAGGUCCAGGGACUACUACCCGCCGUCUCCGCAUCAGAGGCCACGACGGAAGCACCCACAUCUUUGCGAUACAGCAUCCAGUCCCGAAGAACCCCCGACGAGAAGAGCGCAUUCAGCAACUGUUCCGAAUCUUCAACAGCGUGCUAGCGAAGAGGAAGGAGAGCCGUCGCCGUAACCUGCAGUUCCAUCUACCGCUGAUGAUCCCACUAUCUCCACUGUUCCGCAUGGUUCAGGACGAUCCCUCAUACACGACUCUGCAAGGAAUAUUCGAGGAUCACUGCCGACGCACCGGCGUCGACAAAGACGAACCCGUGCUCUUCACAAUCGAGAAGCUGCGGGCGCUCCAGCCAGUAUAUAUAACCUACCGCUUGUCUCCACCAAAGUUUGCUAACGAAGAUGACCAGAGAAACUACGAACAAGCCUGCGCAAUCCGCCUCGAGACCUUCCACGCGAUCCAAGAGAAGUGGGUCCCCCAGACCGUUGUGCUCGACUUCUUCCGCGCCACCUACCCAACCUUCGAUGACUUCUGGCUCUUCCGCCGCGCCUUCAGCUACGAGCUCGCCGCGCUCUCCUUCAUGACUUUCAUCAUGUUCGUCGGCGCCCGCACGCCCUCCAAGAUGUUCAUCUCGCGCAGGACCGGGCGGGUGUGGGGCUCAGAGGUCUACCCCACCAUGGCCUCCACGAAGCCCCUGUUUCAUAACCAGGAACAGGUGCCUUUCCGCCUGACGCCGAAUCUGCAGACGCUGAUGGGCCCGCUCGCGACGGAGGGAAUCUUCGCGCCGGCCAUGCAGGCGAUUGCGAGGUGUCUUACGGAGCCGGAGGGGGAGCUCGAGAUGCAGUUGUCCAUCUUUGUCAGGGAUGAGAUGAGCUUCUGGUACACGAGCCAGCAUAAGAGUAACGCGCUGGAUGGCGCGCUGAGGGAGAGCGUGCAGAUGAACAGCGAAAAGAUUGUUAAGAUGGCGAGGAGUCUGGCGGAUACGCCGACGCAGGGGAAUUUGCCGGCGAAUCAGACGGUUGUGGAUAGGGUUGCGGAUGCGACGAAUCCGGGGAAGUUGAGUCAGACGGAUCCGCUUUGGAUGGCGUAUUUGUGA